GCCCAGCGUCCCGACUGAAUGAAGUCGGAAGGUGCGAAACGUGUGGCGACUUUCUGUCCAAAACUUCGCGAGAAACACUCCACAAUUUCGCCGUUUCUACCGGAAAUCGGGCUUGUACAUGUCUGAAACUCAGGUUCCUUCUGUAUCAACUCUGCCGCGGCCCGUGCCUCUUCAGGACCGAGCUUGAGCUGAAAGUUGUGUUCUACCGUCUGAUUUGGCGACGACAUGGCGUCUAACGGCGUGCAGCGGUCGAUGUCAGCUCCGGGCGGCGGGGAGGUGCCGAGGGGAGGGCCCGCAGCGAACAAUAGACCUGCCCAGGGACCAGGACAUGGUAGGCCGAUAGCGCGUCCCACAGACGACAUCCAGGUGAAGCUGAAUGGAACCUUGAACGGCCACGGCGGUCGGAAGCGACAUUUCAACCGGGAUGAGCCGCGGCGCCACACGCUAGGCGGACCGCGCAGCCAGAUGGAGAUGAAGAGGGAAAACUCGGAGAUGGAGAAACUGGAGAGACAGCGACAGGCCUUCCUGGAGCAUCUGAAGAAGAAGUACCCUCAACAUGCACAGGCCAUAUCAGGGCACCAGAAACAGACGAGAACUCUGUCGUCCUCGCACGUUGCCGAGGUAAUGGAGGAGGAGGAUCGGGCCAGCGUGGCCUCGGAGCAGUCCGAACCGCCCAUGGGCACGGCAACCGCGGGCUUCAGCCGCGGGUCCCGCCUGCGGUCCAGCCUGCCCGUGGUGCGCACACCCAUCCUCAGUAAGGAGAAGUCAAAGGGAGGUGGUAGGAGCAGGCUUGUGUCCCUGGGUAUCGUGUACCUGCAAGUAAACGAUGAGACGAAGCGGUCCAUCAUGCCUAACGAGGUGACGGGGCUGGACACGGUGCGAGCGAUGUUCGUGCGAGCGUUCCCUCACAGACUCACCAUGCAGAUCAUGGAGCAGCCUCACGUCAAGAUCUACAUUCGGGACAGCAAGUCGGAUGUCUACUACGAGCUCGAGGAGAUGAAAGAGGUACAGGACCGAGCGUGUCUGAAGAUCCACGUGCCCGGGUUAGCCGACACCCUGCCGAUGUACCACACUCCCUCCCCCAACUCUACGCUGUCCUCGACAACUGUCUCCAACGUGAGCCUGGUAAUCGAAGAGGACGGAACCGACUCGGUCCGGAACGGCCCCUCCCCACGUCCUGACAUGGCCAGACACAGUCCCCGGUACCAGACAGCUGUGCACAACACGUCCCACCAGACCUACCAGAUGAUCAAGCAGAGCAACGAGCAGAAGAUCCAGCAGCUCAGCAACCACGUCUCAGAGUCAGGCAGCUCAUCGGAGCACAGCACGCCCAAACAGCAAAGUCCGCAGUCUACAGUACAGAGGCAGCCACACCCGUACCAGGUAACACACCUGUACACACGCCUGUACACACACCUGUACACACACCUGUACACACACCUGUACACAUGAGCACAGCACGCCCAA